ACCCCGGGCCCGCAGGCAUUGGCUGGUUGGUCAGGACUGCACUGGUAUCGGGGCCAGGAGUUGACCCAACUCAUCGCGUCCACACGGGUCAACUUGCGUCAUAGCACAGACGAUAAGCGAUGCGCCUUGAGGCGACUCACUAGGCUAUUUGCAAGCAUUCUCCUUCAGUCUUUUACUUGUUUACGCUGGCGUUUCUCGAUGAGUUUCCGGCCCAGGUGCGGGAGAUCGUGAUAUUUACUUGUAGCUGGUGAGAGGCUUUGCACUUGCGCGGGCCUUUUGCGGACGCCUCGAGGGUGGUCCGUGCGGCAAUAUAAACAUUCCUUGCAGCACCGCAAUCCGCAUAGGUCCUGAUCACUCCUUCUGCUGUUGAAGAACGAAGAAAGCCUCCUUCGAGGGGCACCUGGAAGAUACGUUCGUCAGGAAAUUCUACCAUACGGCAAGUUACCUUGUCUCCUGCAAUUUCCAGCGCAGCCUGUGCAGAGAAUAGAACACGCAAAGAUGGGGGAUUUUCCGUCUGCACAUUUGAUGUUGCUAGCGAUGGUUGUCGUGCAAGUCGUGUUCGCUCACUCGCACUCCUCCAGUGAAGUGACAUUGCCAGGACUGUACGGCCUGUCUUUCUGUGAAGGCAGCCACUCGUGUAUGUCAAAUGAAGGCUGCGUACAGCUCCGACCUAUGUGCAGAUCGUCGGAACAGAACUGCGCACGGUCACGGCGGCCAUCGCCAAAGAUUUGUGUUCCCAUUGGAACCAGUGUGAAUGUCAGCGAAUACAAUGCCUGCUCGGGAUCGUGUCCGAUUGGAUGCGAGCGCCAGUGCCGUCAGCCAAUCGUGACGGCCUGCUCCGCCGGCCAGGAGUGCGUUGUGCCCAGUGCGCUUGGCCGGUGCAUCGUGGGCAAGGCACCUGCUAUCAGUUGUGACCAGUCGUUUGUGCAAGGCAGUCUACCAGACUCGUCGUCUAACCCAAGAUUAGAAGUCCAAGGUCCUAGCUGUCCAACCUGCACUAUGCUCGAUCCAGAGAGUGCAUGUUCCAAUCAAUACCACUUCCUGAUUCGCGGGAAAGUCCUGCGUCGCAGUACAGACAGCUACACGAUACGCGUCAAGAGUGUCCUGUUCAACGCACACAACAUCACGGUUCCGGCCAACAACACGGUCACGAUGCUGCGCAAGCGCCCACUGAACAGCGCGCAGACGGUGCCCACCAGCUGCGCUUGCCCGGUCAUGCAUGAGGGCGCGCAGUACGUGAUCGCCGGCUAUGCGCGCAACGGCAAGCUGUCGCUGCGCAACCGCCGCUCCGCCACCAUGGUGUACAGCGGUGUAGUGCAGAGCCGUCGGUACGUCGAUUGGCUGGCGCAGCGCAUGCGGCACUGCCACGAGCGCACUGAGACGGACCCGAGCACGCUGGGCGAAGUCGAAGAGUGGGACCAGGAAGGCAAUGCCGUAGGCGACGGCUCACAUCUCUGGCGCAGCCUGGUACGCAUGCUUGAUAACAGCGGUGGCGGUGGUGAUGCCAUGCCAACCAUAGCUCAGCCCGAGGCCAUAACGCCUGUCCAGCCUACAAUAUCCACAGUGGGCCGUUGGGAACGAUCAGCGAUUGAUGCUCCAAUGGUACGAUAUCACGCACGGUUAAAGGACAUUGAGGAGUCGCAAGUCUGGCAGACAGCAGUCGACAUAUCGCCAAAUCAUCCCCGUCGUGACCACCGAGCAAUAUCAUAGAAGCCUCUGCAAAGCCUCUGAUGACCAGCUAUCACUGUAUUCCUGGACUGUUUGAAGACUUGAUUCCUGGACUGUUUGAAGAUUUGAUUCCUGGACUGAGACACCAUGCGGCUAACAUGCUGCCAAAAAGUCAUGCUAAACUCACAGCUGAGCAUAAUCAGCCGCUUGAACCAAACAACCUGCAGACCAUCAUCAUCAUGCUACAUGAAUAGCAAUGAGCCGUGACUGAUGCUGUCCACACUCUGUUGCCAGUGUGCUUGAGUUUUGCCUUAAAAUGUUUGACUGGACGUGCGUUUCAGAGUGAUAUGCGCUGGCUCUUCUUUCCGGCUUGGCUUCUGCCUCCAUUGAUAACCGUUUUAAGCUGCAGUCAUCGGUUGUGAGCACUUCCUGCAGCAGUUGAGUUCAGCCCGCGCAGUGGCAUGUGUGCAUACGCCGCCAACGAUGUCGUGACCCUUGCCGGUUUAUUGUUCAAGCUGCAUGAGAGUGUGUGCAUGGAAGCUAUAGCGGGCCAGGCUAGCACAUCCGUCUGCGGCGUUGUUGCUGUGAAUACUUGAAUCCACACAUACAUGAUGUACGUGCUUCCUGCUAAUGAGCCGCCGAUUUCUGAAGUUCAUUUAUGCUGCUUGAUCUGAGUCACAUAAAUUGUGCAUCGAUUUUAAUCCUCGAGCAUCUUGAUGACAUGUACUACUACAUAUUCUUGACAUUCGAAACUAGGCAAGUCGUUUUAA